AUGAACACACACUACCUCACCACUUCGCGAACCAAUCCGCAGUUCUACAUAUUCAGCCAACUCUUUGGGGACGACACCACUUGGAGCAGCUGCGAUUGGGAAAGCAUUCAAAACGCUUCCUGGCAGGAAUUCUGGCAGCGUGAGGGGCACGAGCUCCUCGAGCAGAAGUGGCACAAGCGAUUUCCUGAAUACAAAGACCUUAUCGAAAAGGUCACGUCGGAGGAGCAGGCGCUCUGGCAGGAACUGUGGGAGAAGCACGCCAACGAUUCGAGUUGCAAGUUCUGGUACAUUUUCAGCUGUGCAUUUGAGAACUACCAAAAUGAAUUGGUCAAAUCAUUUGGAGUUAACUUCAAUGGGACUUUAGAUGUUAUUGAACAGGAUUUACAAAACCUAAGCGUUACCAGUACGACGAAAAAGUCAAAACAGCGAAAGCCCUCGGCAAGCGAGGAGCACGAAUCUUAUCUAACUGCCAACGACGACCCUGAAGAGUUAGACGAGCUACAGCAGCUACUUCUUUUGGGACUGCCCACAUCGUUUGCGUCAAAAACACAUAAAAACCACAAGCAGAGAAGGCAAAUAACUGAAUCUUCUGGCAGCGAAAGUGAGGAUAGUGAAGAUCUUCUAACCAUGGAAAACGAUGAAAACCGAGCGCUACACCGCGUUCAAAGCGGUUUCAUACAGAGGAACAAACGCAAGCAAAGGCAAGUUGACAAACUCCGGGCCAGGAUGCCCGAGUUCAUGCUGGAGGAGAACGGCCAGAUGGUCAAGUACUGGUUCAAACGUUUCUCCUUGUUUUCCCGCUUCGACCGGGGCAUCCGGCUGGAUCGCGAGAGCUGGUUCUCGGUGACGCCCGAGAAGAUUGCCAAGCAGACGUCCCGACGACUGGCCUGUGAUCUGAUCGUUGAUGGCUUUUGUGGAUGCGGUGGUAAUGCCAUCCAGUUUGCCAACACCUGUGGCCGAGUCAUCGCCGUUGACAUCGAUGCCGAGAAGCUGGCCAUGGCCAAGCACAAUGCCAGCAUUUACGGAGUGGCCCACAAGAUCGAGUUCAUUCAUGCCGAUUUCCUGCAGUUUGCGGCCAGCACACGGAUUCGCCCGGAUGUUGUAUUCCUAAGCCCUCCCUGGGGUGGUCCCGACUACCAGAAGCAGGCCAACUUCGACAUAGAGAAAAGUCUGCUGCCCGUGGGCGCCAGCAAACUAAUGCAGCUUUCCCGACGACUGGCAAGUGACGUUUCCUUCUUUCUGCCGCGCAACGCAAACAUGAGCCAGGUGAUCGCCUUAAGUGGACCGGGUCAGCAGUGCGAGGUGGAGCACAACUAUCUUGACACUCGAAUGGUCGCCCUGACUGCCUAUUACGGUAGUGGGAUUAUAAAGCGUAGUUAAUGUCAUGUAGUUUUAUUUAAGCUAAAAAUGAGGUUUUUAUAUAAUUUGAUGAUUACCAAUUAAUCGUUAGUGAUAUAAACUACAAUGUGUAUCAGCAUAUGUUUUGGUAUCGUUAAAUUUGAAAGAUUCUUAAAAACUAUUAUUAUAUGUUUAAUUCUGAAUUCAAUGUUUUAUUUCGAUUUACUUAAUUUAAGUGAGUAAGUAAUAAGACAUUCAGCGGCGGUUUGAUCAGAACCCUUUAAAUAUUAUAAUCUUUUAGUAAAACAUAACUUUCAAAAGAAACCCAAGAUAAUCGAAAUAUCUAAAUAAAAUGUUUAGUUAAGUUGUACAUAUGUACAAGGAACAAUGUAUAUAUGAACAAAAUAUAUUUACAAAUCAAUGGUAAUCGUUUUGUCAGAAUCAAAAGUACCUUUCAGAACUGAUGUAUUUAAAAGUUAUAAUUUGAGUAUCCUAAGCAAUGAAAACUUUCUGCUGUGAAACAUUUUAACUGAUAUGUAUAUUCAAAGAAUACUUUUUGCUAAAACCACAGGAUGCAAGUAAAAAGAAUGCCAAAAAUCCUUGUAA